CCUUCGGAGGAACUGGCCUGAGAAGUUCGGCUUCCGUCGCGAUGGCGGACAUGGAGGAGCUGUUCGGCAGCGACGCCGACACCGAGCCGGAGCAAAAAGAUUCUGAUUCCGGAUCUGAUUCAGAUUCUGAUCAGGAGAACAUCGGUUCUGUCAGUAACAUUUCUGGCAGUGAGAGCGAGAGAGAAGACGACCAAGAGGCUUUGAAACCCAGUAAUAAGGAAUUGUUUGGUGAUGACAGCGAAGAUGAUGGUGCUUCUCACCAUAGUGGCAGUGACAACCGGUCCGAACGGUCCUACAUUCGCUCUGAAGCCUCAGGACACUCUGAACGUGAAGAUAACGACCAGUCGGAUAUUGACCAGCACAGUGGUUCGGAAGCUGCUCGCGAUGACGACGAGGAUGAGGACCACCGGUCGGAGGAAGGCAGCCGCCACUCCGAGGCAGAAGGAUCUGAAAAAGCACACUCGGAGGACGAGAAAUGGGGGAGGGAAGACAAAAGCGAUCAGUCGGACGAGGACGAGAAGCUCCAGCACUCGGAUGACGAAGACAGGCUGCAGCACUCGGAGGACGAGGAGAAGAACUCGGAGGACGAGGAGAGGGCUCGGAUUCCCAACGAUAAAGAGAGGCUGCAGAACUCGGACGACGAGAAAAUGCACAACUCGGAGGACGAAGAGAGGCUGCCAGUUUCCGACGAGGAGAAGCUGCAGAUUUCUGAUGAAGACGAAAGGCCCCAGCAUUCGGAUGAAGAAAAUGUGCAGAACUCGGACGACGACGAUGAGCGGCCGCAGCAUUCGGAUGAGGAGAAGCUGCAGAACUCGGAUGACGAGAGGCCGCAGCACUCGGACGACGAAGAGCGGCGGCUCUCGGAGGACGAGGAGGAACACGAGCACAAAUCUGAGUCUGCCAGAGGCAGUGACAGUGAUGACGAAGUCCUGCACAUGAAGCGUAAGAAGCCAAUCGCUUCGGAUUCCGAAAUGGAUAGUGAUACAGAAGGGCAAAAAAAUAACAGGGAUGCAAUGGAUCUGUUUGGAGGAGCAGAUGACAUCUCUUCAGGGAGUGAUGGGGAAGACAAGCCCCCAACGCCAGGGCAACCUAUCGAUGAGAACGGGUUGAAUGAGGAUCAGCAGGAGGAGGAGCCUAUCCCAGAAACGCGGAUAGAAGUAGAGAUCCCAAAAGUGAACACCGACCUGGGGAACGACUUGUAUUUCGUCAAGCUGCCCAACUUCCUCAGUGUGGAGCCCAGGCCCUUUGAUCCUCAGUAUUAUGAGGAUGAAUUUGAAGAUGAGGAGAUGCUUGAUGAAGAAGGCAGAACGAGGUUAAAACUGAAGGUGGAGAACACCAUCCGCUGGCGCACGCGCCGGGAUGAAGAGGGGAGCGAGGUUCGGGAGAGCAACGCUCGGAUAGUCAAAUGGUCCGACGGAAGCAUGUCGCUGCAUUUGGGGAACGAGGUCUUCGACGUGUAUAAAGCACCCUUGCAGGGCGAUCACAACCAUCUCUUCAUCAGACAAGGGACGGGUCUUCAGGGGCAGGCGGUGUUCAAAACGAAACUAACCUUCCGGCCUCACUCGACAGACAGCGCCACGCACAGAAAGAUGACGCUUUCCCUCGCGGACCGAUGUUCAAAGACCCAAAAGAUCCGCAUUUUGCCCAUGGCUGGCCGGGAUCCGGAGUCCCAGCGCACCGAAAUGAUCAAGAAAGAGGAGGAGAGGCUGCGUGCUUCCAUUCGCAGAGAGUCUCAGCAGCGGCGGAUGCGAGAGAAGCAGCACCAGCGGGGGCUGAGCGCCAGCUACUUGGAGCCGGAUCGCUACGACGAAGAGGAUGAAGGGGAAGAGGCCAUCAGCCUGGCGGCCAUAAAGAACAGAUAUAAAGGCGGAAUAAGAGAGGAGCGGGCCAGGAUUUAUUCUUCAGACAGUGACGAAGGCUCAGACGAAGAUAAAGCGCAGCGAUUGCUUAAGGCAAAGAAGCUGAACAGUGACGAGGAGGGCGAGCCUUCUGGCAAAAGGAAAGCAGAAGACGACGACAAGGCGAGCAAGAAGCAUAAGAAAUACGUGAUCAGUGAUGAGGAAGAUGAAGAUGAGGAAGCAUAAUGCCAAGCAAGUCUAAAACUUGACAAUAGUUUUUUUUUAUAUACAUAGAGUGAGAGAGACUAUGCUGUUCUUUUGCAGCCACAACAUAAGUAAACCCCGGUGGAUAACCCCCCGCCCCCGGUUGGACAGAAGAAACGUGCACAAAUAUCUGUAACCCCCAAACGAAUAAAGCUUCUUGUUGGGGCUUUUUUA